AUGGCAACCAAGUCAAAAGAAAAGAGGCCGGGCCGGAUCACUAUUGCUUGUAAUGUGUGUCGGUCGCGGAAGCAGAAGUGUCUCGAAUACAACCGACCAUGCAACUGGCCUGAACAACUCCGGAGGUACUUCCUCGGCGACAACGAGUUACAGACAGAUCUAAUGCAAAAUACAGAGGUCCGGAGAAAGGAUAUACAGAAGCACUGGAAAACAGACUUCAGCUCACAGAAAGUAUACUGCUCAAUCUUCUCCCGUAUGUUUCAGACGAGCAACUUGCCACGGCACUUCCUCCCCGAGAGGGCAGCCAAGAUCGCAGCACGUCCUAUGUGCCAUUUCCAAGACUCGAAAAGAGAGGAAUAG